AUGCAUCGACGCCGAAUACAGGUACAAAACUUUGGAAGCGGCUGGCUACGACCGCCUGGUGUAGCCAAGACCCUACGUCAGAUGCGUGAGGAAAAGCGCGAACAGGAAGAGCACCAGGAAGCCAUGCGUCGAGAACAGUUAGCUCAGGAACUUGCCGAAGCAGAAGGAGGCGGAAUGCCGGAAGAAGGCAUGAUGGAUGAUGUACAACUAGACGGCGCACAUGAUCUCGACGAUGAAAUUCCUGAGGCCGAUGACCACUUUGGCAUGGGAGAUGACUACGAAAGCGACGACGGGGAUGAAGAGGGACUCGAAGCAGAAGACUCGGAAGAAUUAGAUGAUGAAGCUCUGCGCGAAGAACGCCAAAACGACCUAAUGGCAGCACGUAUGCGCAUGGCCGACGACGCAUUUCGUGAAGCUCUUGUCCGCGGGGACCCCGACGGCGAUGACAUGUACGGCGGAGUAGAGGAGCUCGAGGAAGAGCACCAGGGCCACAUGCUCGACGAAGAGGACUUUGCGCACGAUGAUGGCAUGGAGGCAAAUUUGGACGAUGAUAUUCCCGAAGCUGAGAGCGGUCUGUACGAACACACGGAUUCCGAGGCUGAAUUAAGCAGUAGCGACGACGAAGAGCGUGACGGAGAGCAAGAGGACCAGGGUAUUGGAUUCGUGCCAAGAACGGCACAGAUGGCACCGCCUCAGAGUCCGACAUUACGGGGGAGAAGGGUUUCGGGGAGGGAGAGUUUGGACUUGAGCAACAUCCUGAGUCAGGACGAGAGUAGUUUUAUGGACAGUAGCCCUGUCCAGAGGAGACGGCAUGGAUGA